AUGGGUGAUCACGAAUUGAACUCAGCUCUCCCCGAUCAACUUGGCCUACGUGAGCACGUGUUCCUGAACAGUUCUACAUCCAGUAUCUCCCCAGAUUAUCAUGUCAAACGUCGAUAUUCAAGAGCUUGUAUUUUGGCCGGUGUGAUUGCUUUCGUUGGAGUUGGUUGUUUGGUAGCUGGUAUUGUGUUAAUCUCUGUAUCGCAAAGUCAGAAAUUCCCUACAAAAAGCGUGACUUUUACGGGCUUAAGUCAGACAAAAUCCUGUGAUAAAAACUCUACAUCAACUAGCAACAACGGUUCAAAAUUCGCAAAUCCGUGCGAGUUUUCGAAGGAGGCCGUGCGCGCAGGUAAGCCAAUAAAAUGCAGAUGUUAACUUUAAAAGUGUGUGAUUAUCAUAACUUUAAUUUUUUAUUGCUCUCACUUAUAAUUCGAGUUUUAAAUCCGCGAAAUACCAAGUAUAAAAACAAUUUGAAUGAUUGUUUGGCCAGUUUGUGUCUUGAGCAGUAUUUGAUUAGGGUCAACCACUGCCUCUUCGAAGUUUUUUUCAACGAACAUCUGUACCUAAUAGUCGUAACUUUCGUGUCAUCGCUGACCUUUUUCGUAAGAAUAUGGUUUUAGUGUUUGGAGAAACGUGAUUAUUGUUCUCCGGUAAUUCACUGUCUAAGUUCAUUUAAAAGUUUAGAGCUGACUAGAUUUGGCUCCUAGUUAAUUUAAUUCAACUGACAGAGUCAAUGAAUUGCUGCCUUUCAAGAUAUGAUGGGCAAUAUAAGUUGUGUAUUUGAAAUCUUUCGAAAACACAUUCAUUUGUUAUUAAUUUAUUUUCUGUAAAUAAAAACAAAAAAAUCCCGUCACGAAAAUGGUUGAUAUUAUUUACCAAACAAAAAAUUUUAAGAUGGCUCCAAAAGUCCAAAAUCUGUCGAUUUUUUUGUUUUGUUUUGUUUUGGUUUGGUUUUUUUGUACAUUAUUUCAAUUAAAGGAAUGGGAUAUUUCCGGAAAAGACUUGAAGUGGACGCACGCCAUUCUCAAUAACUACUCCAGAUACUCCAUAGAUUUUGUGAGAGCCAGGAACCGACAGUUAAGAGGUUUUUAGGUUUUUUUAAAUAACAGGGGAGAUUUUAAUAUAAAAGGACACCGCCAAGAAAAAAAAAGGCUAUCAACUGAACGAAUCAUCUUGACGACAUUAAUUUUGUGAUGACGUCAUAUAAACCUCACUAUAAUUGGCCAUUUCCGAGUUGCUCCAAGCCUCUGUUUCAAAUCGAGGCGAAGUGCGAAGCUUGUGAUACGAAAUUCAUGCAAAUAAAACUCAUUUUCAUAAGAAAGGUUUUGCACUUUGCCUAGUUUUAAAAGUGAGAGUGUUUGGAACUCGGAAAUGGCUUAUAGGUGAUUCCUCUCAAAGUGUUUUUGAGGCAAAAGGGAUCGUUAGAAACGAGGAAGGCGACGGCAUUGAGAACGGCAAAAAGGCAAUUCUGUGUUUUCGCUCACGUGGCCAGCAUCUAUGCAAAUUUAUUGGAACAAAAGUGAGCGUUUACACAAGAAAAGAGUUCAACUCCCACAGGACUGGUUUUGGACACAAAAAUGGCCGUCGUUUCAUUGUUUUGGGACACAAAUAUGGCCGCCAUGACGUCAUGUGAAACUUUCCUAUAGGUUUGAUGGGCAAAACAACAACUCUGCACGUGCAUAACGCUUUUUUGUAAAUUUCUUUGCGGUUGUUGUACGACUACAAGGUGAAACUUGCUAGUUUUAAGGUGAUGUUACACGAGACGAUUUGCAACGACGAUUUUUAGCGCAACACAGCUUUGCAAUGUUGGAACAAAGUUGCAACCAUUUGAAACAAUGUUGCAACUCUGUGUUGUGCUAAAAAUCGUCGUUGUGACUGAAUCGUCCCGUGUAACAUCACCUUUACGUUUCAUAGAGGACGUGAACACAGGACAACAAUUUUCUUUUCCUUUUUCUGGACUUAGAUACAGUCCUUAAUUUACAAUCAACUCCAGUAAAAUUCCCCAGAAGUAUUUUCAAUUUCAACAGAAAGACCUGAUGCAAUUUUGUCGAAAUGCCCUCGCUCUCGGUACGUUCGAUCAGUCCCUCCAAGAAUCAACUUGAUCGGCUGUGAAGAACCUACUCGCAAAGUAUCAUAUGAUACUUCUUACUUUUCAUUCUGGUGCCUUUUUUGAGUUAACAAAUCAAAAUUGUGCACUUCGAAUGGGAUUUAUCUGUGUUCCUGGAACCCGUAUUCUUCCCAAUCCCUUGUUUCUUGCAAAUGGUACAGGGGGUGUCAGGGUGGUGUACGUGUGGGAGGGGGGAGUUGGGGUAAAAAUAUAAAAUAAAGUGAUUGAAAUAAAAAUUAUGAAAAAAUUUUAAGAUGAACAAACGUAAAAAAAGUUGCCGAUCUGUUACAAAGGAUGCUUAACGUAGUCUACUCUUUGUUUCUUUAUACAUGCAGGAUUGGAGCCCUUUCUUGUUAAGGUGCAAACAAUUAGAGACAGCUUUACCCCAUAUCGAAGGACAAAUAGCAAAGAUGUCUUUCAACCUUAUAGUCCAGCGCCUGAGAAAAUCAAAGCGUUAACGGACAAAACAAAAGCGCUGUAUGAAGAUCUUCUGAGGAUGAAGAGAAACAUUGUCAUGGAACGGAUCAAACUGCGAGAAGGAAAACUUUUGGCCCUCGUAGAGCACGAACUAAAACAUUACUUUGGUAAACCAUAUGAAAACAAUUACUACACAGGUAUGACAUGCAGGUGCCAUUCAUCCAUUCACUCAUCCAUCUAUCCAUCCGUCCGUCCGUCGGUCCGUCCAUCCAUCCAUAUAUUCGUCCGUACGUCCGUCCAUACGUCCUUCCAUCCAUCCAUCCGUCCGUCCGUCCGUCCAUUCAUACAUCCUUCCAUCUAUCCAUCCAUCCAUCCAUCUGUCCGUCCGUCCGUCCAUCUGUUCCUCCGUCCUUCCGCCCGUCCGUCCGCCUCUCCCUCUCUCUCCCUCCUUCCUACCAUCUGUCCGUCCAUCUGUAUGUUCGACUGUUCGUCUUUCCCUCUGUCCGUCUGUCCAUUCAUUCCUCCGUCUAUUGAUCCAUCCGCGUAUCCUUUAUACGUUUGGCCGUUCCUUACUCCGCUUUUCUGUCACGGCAUCCAUUUUCCCAUACGUCUGUCCGUGUGCUUCUGAUUGGUCGUGCCCCGUGGGACAUUUGCUUCAACCAAUCAGAAGUACUUCCCAGAUCUGUAGUAAUACGUAAUCAAUAUGGAAUUUCUGCGCUGGUUUCUCAGAGGUCAUUUCGCGGGGAAACCAGUCGUGGCGUCGCGAAAUGUCGGAUGUCUUCUCAGGCUUGCUCGUUUCUUUUACCAUCUGAGUUUUUUUAUCUAUUAUACAAAACCGUAGGAGCAUGGAUGCUAGGCCCUGAUCAAAGAUGCAGAGAAGAACCCAUCGCGUCAAUACAAAUUCACCUGAAGUCCGCCCUUUACAUUUUCCUUACAAAGGGAAACAAAACUUUGGGUAGUGCAGAGGAUGCUUUAAAUUUGUUCCAGAAAUUUCGAGACGGGAUCAACCAGUAUAAGUCGAAUCUCCAAAGAGGCGUAAAAUCUGGAAUGGUUCAGUCAUUAGAUGAAUGUAAGGAAGGAAUCGUAUGUAUGAAAGAGAUAUAUCGCUCAUUUUUUACUUCGCGAAGGCCAGAGACCGUAUUAACGCGGUGGAGAGUGCGCCCCCGUAUAAACAGCUUUGCAUCUGGGGUUUCAUCACGUGACCUAAGACAGUGGGUCUCAAAUUAUGGGAGCAAUUUAUCACAGUCUCUCUUUGAGGGCGUGGUCAAACACAUUGGCGAGCCAUUGGUCAGUUUGUUUGAAUAUCUUGAAAAUGAUCACAUGACACACUGCGUGCCGAGUAAUGUGUCUAGUGGUCUGGGAACGAGGCCCAUUAGUUUUAUCUUCGUCAAUGGAACAAGAACUUCUGAGCAGACGACUAAAACAUUGGAUGGGAUAGAGAGGAUUAUGGAGGGGAAAGAGGCAUAUGCAGAAAUCGUGUCUUACUUCACUUCCACAAAACAUACCCCAGGUAAAUGAAGAUUAUCAAACUGCAUAAAGUUACGUUUUUAUUCUUUAAUUUGCUUAGUGUACGAGCGCUCACUCGAAUUGCUGGUUUGCUUCACCGCAAUAACUGCCUUGCGCGUGAAUUCACGGCUCAUUACGCAUGCAAGAAUGCAGAGAUGAAUCUGAACUCUACAACUAACAACGGAUUCAACUUUCGAAUAAUAAAUUCAUAAAUGGAAUCUUAGGGGGUAAGCUUGACCUGGGUUGACUGUAAAAUGAAAACAAAUGACUUUUCGUACUCUGUUGAAUUAGCUGAUAUUAACAACUGUCGUCCUCGUCCCCAGAGCUUUUCCUGUCGACAAUUUUUUAAGGGAAAGCCCUGGAACGAGGUUGUACAACUGUUGCUCCCUGUUAUGGUCUCGCCACGUAUAUAUAUUGUAUAUAUAUACUAGCAACAUUCUACUCUAAAGAAAGAUUUAAACGAAUUUUUCUUUCUCCCGUGAAACGCAUUUCCUGACUAGUUUACAGUCCUUAGCUUAGAGUGAUCACAUGGAAUUAUUACAGGCAAUCAUUUCUGGGAUCGUUACUGGGGACGCGCUGGUCUGCUAUUGGUCAGUUUUUUUCCCUGUUCCUAGAAACAGUCCCAGAGGUCUUUGCGAAAUUUAAGUCGUCCCAGUUUUCUUCUCGUUUCUAAAGUGGUGAAUGUGUCUAACAAAGCCACGCCUGCGUCGUAAGGCUGCAUUUUCAGUGAUGGCAGGUACACAUGGCAACAUCCAGCUAUGCAUUAUGCUACCGAGCUGGAUCCUCACAAGAACCAAUCAGCUGUUUUUGGAAGUAGCUUUGGUCAGUUAGUAUGGUUGUGCGCAUGCGUGUCCUGGAGUUCAUGUAUUAUGACAACCUCGUCCCCAGGGUCUUCUCGUUUUCCAUUAUGGCGGCGGCAGAUGGGAAAACGAGAGGGUACUGGGGACGAGGUUGGCAUUGUGACAUUUAUUAU